AUGGUGCUGAGUGACGCACGUUUUGAGAAUGGAUCCAGGACAUCUUCAUUCUCCGCAAAUUCUAGUAUGGAUCGCGGUUGUGGUCAAAAUCACAACGGCAGAUUUAUAAAUGUUGACUUGGACUCAGACGCAGCAAUGACUGAAGGCGUAGCACAUAUACACAGGUUCUUGGGGAAGACGCAGGUGUACAGUUCUACGGAUCUUAGGGCUGUAACAUCAUCGGAUGUCGUUGACAGAGGACUCUCACUAGUCGGAUAUGGAUUGCAAAAGAGAACGCACCUUGAUAGAUUGACUAGCUUCAAGAGUAAAAAUCUCUCGACCGGAAAUAUCGAUAGCACCAAUAGGGAUAUGAGCACAUUCGACCCAAAUUCACCACCUAGCGAUGAGGUCAUCGAGAAAGUCUUUGACCAGCUUCUGAAAAAUGGAACAUUUUUUGGGGAUGAUGCUAUAAAGAAUCUAAAAAUGAUCUCCAUGAAGCGCAAGUGGGUUUUGAUUUGCAAAAUACGCUCUAAUGAUAUGCUGGUAUCACCGAAUACCUCUGCAAGCGAGUCUGUAAGCAAUAUAUCCUCGCCAGAAAACCAAUUUCUAUAUAACUUGACAGAGUUGCUUUCAAAUCAUGUGAAAAUAUCUAGGUCCUUAUACCAGUUGGAGAAGUUGCUUCGGCAGAACUCAUUUUGUGAAAGCUUUGUGUCGCUCAAUUUAACCGAGACGUUGGCCAAUUUCUCGUCGACAAUUCCAGAAGAAAAUCAGUUCGUAUAUCUCCGAUGUUUUAGAUCUAUAAUGAAUUCAGAAGAAGGUAGGUUUGCUGUACUGAAUUGUGGCUGCCUCGUGAAUUAUUUCUGCCUUUUAUUGAGCGAUCAAAUCAGCCAUCUUAAGAUAAAAUUACAAGCUGCAGAGCUUUUACUAUUGCUAACCUACGUUGAUGACCAGUUUGGAUCAGAGAAAGUUUUAGUAUAUCUAAACGAUUGCUUAGAGCAGUUCUUGGCAUAUUUAUGCCAGCUUCUCCACGUUUGCUUACCUAAGCAGGCAAAUAGUAUCCAAGCUCCAUUUUUUUUGCAAUAUUCGAAGACUGAAGAGCUUACGGUAAAUUUUGUAUCAACCUCAAUGUUUUUGAUCAAUUCGAUAGUGCAAGUCCUACCAGAUAAAGAUAGGAAAAUUGCAAUUGUAAGGGAAUUGAAGGAAUAUGGAAUACAUCGCCUUUUUGAUUUAACAAAGUCUUGGCAAAACUCUAUCGUACAGGAACAGGUAGAAGUUUAUUGUACGGUGGAAAGGAAGUUGACUGAAGAUUUUCCUCAAAACUCAGAAUGGACCAAUCUUUCAUAUGGUUCGACAUUAAGCAUAUUGAUAAAAGAAACAAAAGGUACAGUUAUCGAAGAGUAUUUAGUUCAACUCUUUAAAACUAUGGUUGACAUAUUACUGUCAAGAACAACUUCUGAAUCGGUCAAGGUGUUCAAAGCGUUUGAGCUGAUCAUAAAUUACCUUGUGAGCAACCUAGAUUAUGGCGUCACGAUGGAUCCUGACUCUUUGUUUCAAAAUUCUCUACACAACUUUAUUGAUAAUAUACAAUCUGAAGAACUUCAUAACAGAGGCCUGAAAGAAAUAGAGGAGCUUGAUAAUCUCGUCGCUACAUUAAGGAGCCAGAUAGAAGAGCUACAUAACCUGAAAGAUAUGGGAAAAGAGGAUAUUUUGGAGAAGUUACAAGAGGCGAACGAGAGCUUGAAAGCUAAAGAUAUUCAUAUUGAUAAUUUAAAAGAAAAAGUGGAAAGACUCAAGGAAACACAAAGGAUUGACAAGAAGAAGUUCGACCGGAUCGUUGUUCAUCAAGAUUUGGCUGAAAACAAAGGAGGCAUUCCUUCAGUUUUUGGUAAACUCAAAAAUCAAAAUGUACCGAAUAGGCUAAAGCUCUCUCAUACAGCCUCUCUUUCAAAAAGUAAUAGAAUAGGAUCGUUGGCGUCAUAUGUCAAGGGUACGCAUCGCCGCGACAGUCUCACAAAACACAGCAAUUCAGGCACGAGAAGGCUUUCAACCAUAGCAGGGGCGCAUGAGUCCUUCGUUUUACGUUCGCAGGAGAACGAUCGAACGAUCCUACAAUCAGACGGCACAGGCAUUCCUUCUCUCCCUGCAGAGACUUCGUCACCCUUGUCACCAACAGGACCUUUUCUGCUCGAUAACUCGGACUCAACUGCAGCUCCAUUGGGGUCCCUACCGAGACUCCAAGUGGGACAUGGUAAAGACACUUCCAUACCAACGCCCCCUCCUUUACCCAACGUACUAGCCAACCCGAUCUGCCCGGCUCCGGUUUCUCCUCCACCUCCAAUGCCCACGUCUUUACAGUCUACCUUCCUACCUCCAGCUCCUUCAGCUCCUCCACCACCACCAAUGCCCGUUUCUCUACAAGCGGUAACCUCUCCUCCAGUCCCACCUCCGCCCCCAAUACCCACCUCUCUAUUGCCAGUGCAGCACAUAAAUAGAGAAUCUCUCAGCAGUGCAGCCGAUAACUCUUGUUCUUCGGAUAACGGUGCAGCACCUCCGCCACCGCCGCCACCGCCUUCAUUCUCUCACAGGGCGCAACAGACUAUUAUAAGCACACCAAAGAUAGCAUUAAAGCAAAUUCACUGGGAUAAAAUAGGCGACAUCGAAGAAACGUUAUGGGAAGACAAAUCUAAGAGAGAGACGACCUUACAAGAUCUGAAGAGUGGUGGGAUUUUAUCUGAAAUUGAAGACAAUUUCAAGAUCAAAGAAAGAGCGUCAGUACAGCAAAGAAAAAAAGAUCCUGACACUGACGGCAAAAAAAAAAGCUUCCUGCCUCGGGAUUUAGCACACCAAUUUGGAAUCAAUCUCCAUAUGUUCUCUGGAUAUACGGUGGAAGAGUUCGUAUCAAAGGUUCUUCAUUGUGACAAAGAGAUUAUCCUGAAUGGUACUGCGCUGGAGUUUUUCAACAGGGACGAUUUGAUCAAUAUUUCUCCUAGCCUGGCGAAGAACUUUGCGCCAUAUGCUACUGACUACUUGAACGGCGGUGUGCCCUCAAAAGAUUCUUCCGAGUUGGAGAGGUCGGAUAGAAUAUUCCUGGAGCUUUGCUAUAAUUUAAGAUCGUAUUGGCACGAGAGAUCAUUGAGUUUAUUUGUACUUACAACAUAUGAAAGAGAUUAUUACGAUUUAGUUUACAGAUUGCAAAAAAUUGAUGAUGUUAUACAGAGACUUAGAAAUGCAUCAAAGCUCAAAGAUCUUCUGUUUAUCAUCAUUGAAAUCGGAAACCAUAUGAACAAAAAAAAUGUUGACGGUAUUAAAAUCAGUUCUUUGAAUAAACUUACUUUUAUAAAAUCUAGCAGUGAUAAGGAUAUGUCCUUUAUACAUUUUAUUGAAAGGACUAUAAGGACCAAAUUUCCCGAGAUUUAUGGAUUCAUAGAUGAUUUAAGCAAAGUUGAAAACCUGGGUAAAAUCUCACUGGAGCAUGUAGAGUACGAAUGCGAAGAAUUUUCUACUAAAGUGGAGAAAGUGCUUGAGAUGUUUAGAGAUGGUAAGUUAUCUGACAGUAAAAGACUACACCCAGAAGAUAGUAUCAUUGAGAGAGCAAAGUCCAAGCUCAACAGGCUGAAGGUAAAGAACAGUCUCCUUAAGGAUCAACUUCUAUUGCUAACCCGCGAUCUGCAGAAACUGAUGAAGUAUUUCGGCGAAAACUAUAACGACAGAGAGGCUAAAAAUACGUUCUUCGAUAAUUUCAUCGAAUUUUCGUACAUAUUCAAGAAGUGCGCUAAAGAGAACAUUGAGAAGGAGGAGAUAUUAAAGAUUUACGAGCGCAGAAGACGUCUUUUGGAGUCAAGACCACCUUCUGAUGAUGAAUCUUUGGACGGUGAUGAUACAACAGCAGUAGAUAAACAAGACCUUGACACUUCCUCUAAAAAUGCUGCCGUUGACAUCUUGCUCGCGAAAUUGAGAGGCGUGAAGAAGGAAGCUGAGCCCUUAAGGCGGCGCAGAAGUGUUAGAAAGCUGCAAAACUCAGAUUCCGAAUCGAUGCCGCACAAAGCGACAUCAACACUUAAGGAUGCUGACCACGUACUGCUGGAGAGAACCCAAGCGAUGCUCACCGGUAUACAGAAUAUGUAG